AUGCAGAGCUCUACACCGCUAUACGCCUACAUCUUCACUAUCCGAUUGCUAGCUACGACGGCCAGAACUAAGCACGGCUUGUAUGAUACGGAGACGCAGAAACUUACGCGUGGGAUGGAGAAACUCGCGCUGGAGCCAAUGGGGGACGCAGCCGUGUACGAUCUCGUGUCUUUGCCAUUGACAUCAUCCAAGACCAUCUUAAGGACCAACACCAUUUUUCGACCAAAUGAUGACUCGGCAACAGGACGCGGAGGAUUGGUAGUGCAGGUACGUAAUCGUCUAGACCGACAGCUUUACGCUGUCAAGAAGGUCAAGCUAGACCCAGACGACAAAACAAUGAAGAAGAAGAUUUGCGUGAAGUAA